AUGCAGGCGGUGAAGGACGACAUCGAAUCUAUCCAUGCCUAUGUCGACGCUCUGGGCGAGUCGACGCCCGAGGCCAGCGCCGUCGGCGUCAAGCUGCCCGGCUCGAGGCUGGCCAAGGUUCCGCAGCGGCUGCCGAUGGUCGGGCCGACGUCGGCACAGCUGUACCAGCAUCUGUCGCUGCUGGUCCUCGCUGCCACCGAUGCGACGGCACGGGUGGAGCUGGCGUCGGCAUCGGUGGCGGCCGGGUCCGGGUCAGGCGGCGGCUCGCGGGCGGCAUCGCUCUCGCCGUUCAAGCGGAUCAUGUCCGGCCGGCCGUCGGGCUCGGGCAGGCUCACCCUUUUCUACGCCAUCAUGCGGCGGAUUCUCUCGCUGCGGCAUGCGCUCGAGGCCGAACUCGCCGAGCGCCGCAGGCUGGAGGUCCUGCUCCGCGACGCCAGCGCCCGUGAGGCCGCCGCCGCCUCGGCCAAGAGCUACGGCGUCGACCCGGUCGCCGAGCUUACCCGGAGGCUGGAGACCGCCUCGGCUGCCAACGCCUCGCUCCGCGCCCAAAUCGAGGAGCUACGCGCAGAAAUGGCCCACGCCAAGGACGCUGUCAUCGCCCACGAGUCCCGGCUUGCGGCGGCCGCUACGGCGGCGCGCACAGAUGGCAAGCAUCGCAAGCGCAAGUCCCGCCCAAAGCCGGCUGUCCUCAACGCCGAGGCUCAGACAGAGCCUGAUCCGGUGAUAGCGGAGCUCGAGGCUACGCUGGCGCGUGUCCGCACUGAAGCAGACACCGCCGCUGCUGACGCCGCUGCCCAGGUGGCGGCCUCGUCUGCCGCGUCUGCCGCUGCCGCCGACGAGGCUGCCACCGCGCAGGCCCGCGCCCAAGCCUCAGCCAGCGAGGUGCUGCGUGUCCAGCGCGGAGCGGCAGACGAUGUCGCUGCCGCCAAUGCAGCGGCCGCAGAGCUGCGACUCCAGCUUGCACACGCACACUCGGAGCUCGCCGCUCUCCGCGAGCACGCUGACGCAGUCACGGCCCGGCGUGACGAGCUCGACGCCGAGCUCGAGCUCGCGGUAGCCAAGGCGCGCGCCGAGGCCGAGGCCGCAUCUGCGCUCGAGCGCGAAAAGCUGGCCGCCGCCAGAGACGUGGCCGAGACCCGCGCCCGCGCGGCCGAGAAGCUCGGACAGAGCCACGCCAAGGAUGCGGCUCGGGCCGAGGCGCGCGCGGCAUCGCUCACUCGCGAGCUCGAGUUGAUGCGAGCCGAGUCGCGCGACAUGGUCGCCUCGUUCGAGCACCAGAUGCAGGAGGCGCUCAAGUCUAUCCAGGCCUCUAGCGAGACUGCGGCGCCGGCGUCUGAGCUGAGUGGCCUCCGCUCCACCGUGGCGGCGCUCGAGUCGCGGCUGACCGAGCUCGCCCGCGAAAAGGCGGCGUCCGAGGACAAGUUCCUCGGCGCGGUCGAUCGGAUGAAGGCUCACAUUGCGCGGGUUGAGCGUGAGCAUGACCAGCUCAAGACCGCACUGGCACAGAGCAAAAAGGUCAACGCCGCGCUCCGCAAGGAGCUCGCGUCGGCCGACGGCGGGAGAAGCACGCUCGAGUUUGCCGAGCUUCGCUCCAAGCUGCAUCGCAUGCAGAAGCGGCUGGCCGAGCUCGAGGGCGCACCUUAG